AUGAGGUUCAUCUACACGUGUUUGUGCUUCGCCUCUAUGCUGAAGAUCGUCCUGCCGGCGCCGGCAGACGGUUUCGUGUUCCCGGAUGAUCGGAGACGGGAAAAGAAAUUGGAACCUGUGAUCACUCCGCCUGUUCUGCCAGUUUUGGAACAUUUGGAGCGUGAUCCGAGUACUCUGCUGCCUCAUGAGAGGCGUGCUGCGGGACCUGGUCAAGUGAAGCCGAGAUUUGGCUUUGGUGGAGGUUUCAAUGUGGCUCCAUCAGGGACUGGAGGUCUGACAGCGAGUGUGAGCAGCAGUGCAAAUGGUCUGGGUACGAGUCAGUCCGCGUCCCAGUCGAUUUCGUUCGGGUUCAAUGAAGGGUUCAGCGCAUCGCACUCCGCCAGCCAAGCGUCGUCGUUCAAUGGAUUCGGAAGCGGCUUCAGCGGCAGUCAAGCAAGCAGUCAAGCCGCUUCAUUCAGUGGUUCUGGUCUGUCAGCAUCAGGUGCUGCUUCAUCAGCUUCGGCCCUUGGAGGUGGUUUUGGAGGUGGUUUCGGAGGUGGAAGCCAAAGCCAGAGUGCAUCCUCUGCUUUUGGGUUUAACUCUUUAAAUGGAUUCCAACAACAACCUUAUUUCGGUGACGGUCUGUUGGAUGUUAGACACAGAGGCAUCCCUAACUUCCCCUUCCCCGAUUUUGUGGGCAGAAUCUGUGUAAUUUGUGUUGUGAGUGGGUGGAGAGUGUUUCCCUUGCCCGAUGCGCCUGCACCGACUACUGUGCGUGCGCCGGCGCCGUUGCCCGUACUGAAUAUUGACUUCAAUAAUCGCGUAAAGCCUACUCCUGUAGUAACAUCGUCGUUCAAUAGGAUCACCACAACGGCUGAUAAUAUUCCUAACAAAUUAAACAUUAAGCCGACGAGUGUCACUCCCUUCUUGUCUACUCAGGAUGUCAGCGUGCCGUCAUCUGAUCUGUUACCACCGAAGGAAUCUUCGACAUAUCAGCUAUCUGAUGUGGAACUAGUUGAUUUGUUACGUGGUUAUACUCCGAAGGGAAAAGUGCAACUGACUAAAGUGGAUACUCAUGUCGGCAUCUUACCUGAUGGCGUCUACUUCGUACCUGAAGAUGAGGCCUUGAGUGGAGAAUCGAAGUACUUGGAAUUAAACGUAAGCGAUGAUACGGUUUACGAUGAAGCACAUCACAUAGGCAACCUAUUCAUUUGGGCCUUGAAGACACCCAGGUUAUAUACCCUGGAGCACGUCAUACCAUAG